CCGGCUCCGGCUCCGGCUCCAGCAGCUCGCGCUCCAGGCCAGGCUCCGGCUGCAAGAGCAGCAGCAGCUCCCCGCGCCAGGGCGGGCAGCUUCUUUGCAGCAUCAGCAGCUGGGGCUGCGGCAGCUUCUUUCCCAGGCUCCGGCUGAGCCGGGUGGCGGGGUGAAAACAGCGCCCUACAGGACAGCGGUGCAGAGCCCCGCGGCUACCAGCGCCCGCUGGCACCAUGGACACCUCCUGCCCGGCCGGCGCGCUGCUCCUGCUCUGCUUCCUCGGGCUGCCUGGGGCUAGCAGCGGGGGCUUGGCGAGCCCCGCCGGGAGGCGGCAGAGGGGCUGCCCGGCCCUGUGCCAGUGUGAGCAGGACGGGAUGCUCCUCAGGGCGGACUGCUCCGACCGGGGGCUCACAGCGGUGCCCGCCAACCUCAGCCUCUUCACCUCCUACCUUGAUCUCAGUAUGAACAACAUCACUAAGCUGCCCUCGAACCCCCUGCACAAUCUCCGCUUCCUGGAAGAGCUACGUCUUGCAGGAAAUGGCUUGACAUACAUUCCCAGGGGAGCAUUUGCUGGCCUUUUCAGUCUUAAAGUGCUAAUGCUGCAGAACAAUCAGUUAAAGCAGGUUCCCACUGAAGCACUCCAGAACUUGCGCAGUCUUCAGUCUCUACGUCUGGAUGCCAACCACAUCAACUACGUGCCACCCAACUGCUUCAGUGGCUUGGUCUCUCUUAGACACUUGUGGCUGGAUGACAACUCUUUGACAGAAAUUCCUGUGCAAGCUUUUAGGAGUUUAUCAGCACUUCAGGCAAUGACACUGGCGCUGAACAAAAUACAUCACAUACCAGACUAUGCUUUUGGAAACCUCUCCAGUUUGGUAGUUCUACAUCUCCAUAACAAUAGAAUCUACUCCCUGGGAAAGAAAUGCUUUGAUGGGCUCCACAGCCUAGAGACUUUAGAUUUAAAUUACAACAGUCUGGAUGAAUUCCCCACUGCUAUCAGGACACUCACAAACUUAAAAGAACUGGGAUUUCAUAGUAAUAACAUCAAAUCAAUACCUGAGCAUGCAUUUGUGGGUAAUCCAUCACUUAUAACCAUUCAUUUCUAUGACAACCCUAUCCAGCUUGUGGGACGGUCUGCUUUUCAACACUUACCAGAACUCAGAACCCUGACUUUAAAUAGUGCUUCACAAAUAACUGAGUUUCCUGAUCUGACUGGAACUACAAGUCUGGAAAGUUUGACACUUACAGGAGCACAAGUCACCUCUCUUCCCAAAGUAGCUUGUGAUCAGCUACCUAAUCUUCAAGUGCUAGAUCUGUCUUACAAUCUGCUACAAGAUUUACCCUGUUUUACUGCUUGCAAAAAACUUCAGAAAAUUGACUUACAUCAUAAUGAAAUCUAUGAAAUCAAGGCCGACACAUUUCAGCAGCUGGUUGCCCUGCGCUCUUUGGAUUUAGCUUGGAACAAAAUUGCAGUUAUUCACCCCAGCGCAUUCUCCUCUUUACCAUCCCUGAUCAAACUGGAUCUGUCAUCCAACCUUUUGUCUUCUUUUCCUGUGACUGGGCUACAUGGUUUAACUCAUUUAAAAUUAACAGGAAAUCAUGACCUACAAAGUUUGAUAUCAUCUGAAAAUUUUCCAGAACUCAAGGUCAUAGAAAUGCCUUAUGCUUACCAGUGCUGUGCAUUUGGAACUUGUGAAAGCCACUACAAAAUCUCCAGCCAGUGGAACAAAGAGGAGAACAGCAGUGCUGAUGAUUUGCAUAAGAAAGAUUCUGGAAUGUUACACAUUCAAGAUGAACAUGACUUUGAGGAUUUUCUGCUUGACUUUGAAGAAGAUUUGAAAGCUCAUCAUUCGGUGCAAUGCACACCCUCUCCAGGCCCCUUCAAACCAUGUGACCAUCUGUUUGGUAGUUGGCUAAUCAGAAUUGGAGUGUGGACCAUAGUGGGUUUGGCAUUUAUUUGCAAUGCACUGUUAACUGCAACAGUCUUCAGAUCUCCAUUGUAUAUUUCCUCUAUAAAACUUCUAAUUGGACUGAUAGCCAUUGUAAACAUGCUAAUGGGUCUGUCCAGUGGUGUAUUGGCCAGCCUGGAUGCAUUAACCUUUGGCAGCUUUGCUCAAUAUGGUGCUUGGUGGGAAAGCGGAGUUGGUUGCCAAGUCACUGGCCUUCUGUCCAUUUUUGCUUCAGAGACUUCCAUUUUCCUCCUUACCCUGGCAGCACUCGAACGUGGGUUCUCUGUAAAGUAUGCUACAAAGUUUAAAACAAAAUCCUCUCUUGCUAGUGUGAAAAUAGCCAUUUCCUUUUGCUUUAUGUUGGCCUUGAUAAUUGCAGUGUUACCAUUUCUCAGUGAGAGCAAAUAUGGGGUGUCUCCGCUCUGUUUACCUUUGCCAUUUGGGGAACUCAGCUCUAUGGGCUUCAUGGUAGCAUUGGUCUUAUUAAACUCUCUUUGCUUUCUGGUGAUGACUGUUGCCUAUACAAAACUGUACUGUAGUUUGGAGAAGAGCGAACUAGACAAUAUUUGGGACUGUUCUAUGAUCAAGCACAUAGCAUUGUUACUUUUUACUAAUUGCAUUCUCUAUUGCCCUGUGGCCUUCUUAUCUUUUUCCUCCUUACUAAACCUCACUUUUAUUAGCCCAGAAGUGAUUAAAUCAAUACUCCUAGUGAUUGUCCCACUGCCCGCCUGUCUAAACCCACUUCUUUAUAUCCUCUUCAAUCCACAUUUUAAGGAAGAUCUGGGAAGUCUCAGAAAGCAAACUUUGUUAUGGAGCAGAUCAAAACAUACAAGUCUGAUCUCUGUUAAUUCAGACGAUGUAGAGAAACAGUCCUGUGACUCAACACAAGCCCUGGUAACCUUUGCAAGUGCCAGCAUAUCGUAUGACGUGCCUACCAGCAACUCACUAAUGCCAUCACCUUAUCAAACGACAGAAAGCUGUAAUCUUUCAUCAGUAGCAUUUGUUCCAUGUCGCUAGUUUCAGGGGCAAAAACAACUGUAUGUAUGUUUACACAUUUUUCAAGCCCAAAUGUAAGAGUGGGUGUGUGUACACGUGCUGGAGAGUGGGGUCAAAGGUGCUCUUGAUUACUGUUACACACAUCUAAACAAACCAGCUAAUAACAAAGAAAACACACAGCAGGCUGAAGUCCCAACACAUGAACCCUGUCAGCCUGUUUAGGAAAUCUCAAAACCAAUCUUGUUUGGGAUGAAGAGGAAGCCUGAAAGCUGCUAGCAUGUAUACAGUUGGUUCGGUUGUUCUCUCAAAGAGAUGCCAGUCAGAAAAGGCAUCUGACAGUCAAGAGCAAAAAUAGUAUAUUGAAGAGGUGAAUUUUCUUGGAGGCAUCGCCAUUGUUUUAAUUAAUUGAGCUUGUUGAGGUACAGAAUUUAAAAUGUUAGGAACAGGUUGCUCCCCAGAUGGAGUUGGUCAAGUUCCCUCAGGGCUUUUUUAAUGCUAUGAUUGUUUUUUAAAAGUGCCUGUCUAUGGCUUUGAUUCAGCAAGGUAUUUAAGCAUGUGCCUGACUUAAAGCACAUGAGCAAUCCCAUUGAAGUCCAACAAAGUUUAUGGAAGAUAGAUCUUGUCAAAGUCAUUUGAUACCAUUUUUGAUGCGUUUGCAAGUUUGGUUGAUAAAGACAAUAGUGUUGAUGUAAUAUACUUACUCUUUUAAGGCAUUUGACUUGGUACUAUACAACAUAUUGAUUAUGAAACUAGAACCAUAAAAAUAUCUGUGGCCAAAAGAGCUAAUGCAAUCCUUGGAUGUAUAAAUAAGGGAGGAUCAAGUAGGAGUAGAGACGUUAGCUUACCUCUGUAUUUGGCACUGAUGUGACCAAUAUUGGAAUAUUGUGUCCAGUUCAAAAAGGGUGUUGAAAAUUUACCAAGGGUUGUGGUGGAUUCUCCAUCAAUGGAAAUCAUUAAAUGAUAAUUGGAUGAUUUGCUACAAGAGAUGGUUGAGUUCAAUUACAAUUAUUGGACUCAAAGCAGGAAUUAAUUCAGGAGGUUUUGUGGCAUGUACUACAGAGGAGGUCAGACUAAAUGACCACAAUGGUCCCUUCUGGUCUUAAAUUCUGCGAAUCUAUGAAUCCCUUGCUGAAUCAAGGCCUAUGAAGUUGUGUAUCUCAGAACCAUCACAAUUAGAGAGGAAAGCCCCCUGAUAUUUGCCCUCUCUACUUUAAAGAGUCCCAGGCAAUGGGCUCCCAUUGUUUCCGUCUGAGACUAGCACUUACCUUGACUUAACUAUAUUUGGGAGUUCUUUCAAUCUCAUUUUCUCAUAGAUGUCACUUUUCCUUUCAUGAGCAGAUCAAAUAGGACAUUGCUAUGCAUGGAUCCAGAUUUUGUUGGGUUUUUUCUAAUGUUCUCUGAGCAACAAUGUUUAAUAGUCCAGUACCUGCUUCUUAGUUUAAAGGCCACUCUGCUCUCCAGGUGGAUAAAACUGCAUUUUGACAACAUUACCUAGUUUAGAUGAGCCCAAAUAAUUAAGAUGAUCAAUUACAGAUGGUCUCUGAUUUUCAUGUUACAUAUGUACCUUCCUGGCACCCAAAGGAUGGAUUUUCAUGAUGAAAAUCUGUUGCGAGCUGCGGACACACCUAGAAAUGCCAGUGUGAAUGGAGAAAAAAUAUUUUUUAGUUUUGAAGUUACAGAUGGCAUCGGUUGACUUUGGCUGACAUGUGCAUCCUGGAAAAAAAAUGAACAAAUGCAGAAAUUAUGUCUGGUAACUAUGCAGCCAGCUUUAUCUUAAUCCUCUAUCUCUUGUGGCUUUUGAAGCAGCACAGUAUACAGCUGGAGAAUGAUUCCUGAAACCACUUUGGAUUAAACAGAGUAUCAGUCAACCACUGCACAAUACUUAUUAUCAUGUUUAUUUAGCUUUAUUUUAACUGGGGUCCCUCUAUGCUGCACUGUUUAAUGUCAGUGAAAUUUCUCCUUGGCUUGCUAUAUUUAAAAAGUUUGUAAAAUGGUUUGAGAAGCAAAAUAAUGUUAUAAUUCAAAAGACUAGUUCAAGUUACUUUUAUCAGAACUUUCAUAGCUUGCAGAAAGUCUAAAACAAAAGGCUACUAUGGGUCUUUUAUUUUUAUAAGCGAUUUUUGAAAUAUUUUGAUCAAAUAUUUUAACUUGUUAAAAUUAAUUUGCUUUUUAAAAAAAAUUGUAAAUAUAGAACUGUAUUUAUUGCUACAAUAAAAUACAACCACACUAAAGGGCAUGAAAAUAAGCCAUGUACAGUUUCAUACUGAUAUUUUCUAUAUUGUCUGCUCAUAUAUUUUACUAAAUUCACCAUCUGUAUAUAUUAUAUGUAAAUGUGUAGCGACUGUAAAUAGAUUAUGUACUUUCUUUUCUAUUGGUUGUUCCAAAUAUAUGUAAUUUGUAAUAAAAUGUGUGACUAAA